AAACGGGUAAUUACCCCAAAUUAAAACCCUGCCAAGCCCCCGCCUCCCAACUCCCUACGAUAGUAACGCAACUGCGAAGACGAAGUGCAAGCGCGAAGAGCAGAAAGGCCAGAGGGAGUCUAGCGAACAUCAGCCGACCUGCGGCCACCAGCCGCGCUUCCGCCUGCCGUUUAGGUCCCUGCGUCGUCCCCAUCGCUCCGGCUGUCCAGGCGAGUAGGCGACCAGGCAGUCCAGCACUCUGCCCUCCACCUCCACCACUCCAGCUCCCGGCCCUCCACUCUCCACCUGUGGUGAAGAAGAAGAAUAUGGACAACGGUGGAGGAAGCAAUGGAGUUCCAGACAACGCUCCUGAACACUGUCCCGGUACUCAAUCGGAAGAUGCAGGGAAAUCCGAUGCGUGCCAAGGUUGCCCCAAUCAGCAAAUUUGUGCUACUGCUCCCAAAGGCCCUGACCCAGAUUUGGUAGCAAUAGUAGAAAGAAUGGCAACAGUGAAGCACAAAAUACUUGUUUUAUCAGGAAAGGGUGGGGUCGGAAAGAGCACAUUCUCUGCCCAGCUUGCAUUCACACUAUCUGCCAUGGAUUUCCAAGUUGGUCUCCUUGAUAUUGAUAUCUGCGGUCCAAGUAUACCUAAGAUGCUCGGUCUAGAAGGUCAAGAGAUUCACCAGAGCAACCUUGGAUGGUCCCCUGUCUAUGUUGAGUCCAACCUUGGUGUCAUGUCAAUUGGAUUCAUGCUCCCUGACCCUGAUGAGGCCGUCAUAUGGAGGGGGCCACGCAAGAAUGGUUUAAUCAAACAGUUCCUAAAGGAUGUUUAUUGGGGCGAUCUUGAUUUUCUUGUGGUUGACGCCCCACCUGGGACGUCGGAUGAGCACAUCUCCAUAGUCCAAUUCCUCCAGUCAACAGGAAUAGAUGGAGCCCUCAUCGUCACUACCCCACAACAAGUGUCUCUCAUAGACGUAAGGAAGGAAAUAAGCUUUUGCAAGAAAGUUGGGCUACUCGUUCUUGGAGUUGUUGAGAACAUGAGCGGUCUUUGCCAGCCGUUAUCAGAGUUUAAAUUCAUGAGGAUUACUGAAAGUGAGGAGCAGGUGGAUAUUACGGAUUUGGUCAUGGAAUGUAUGAGGGAGAAGGCGCCGGAAAUGCUGAAUGUGUUUGCUUAUAGCGAAGUGUUUGACACUAGCCGGGGUGGGGCCGCUGCAAUGUGCAGUGAUAUGGGUGUUCCGUUUCUUGGUGCCGUACCUUUGGAUCCCCAACUCGGUAAGGCAGCUGAGGAAGGGAGAUCUUGUUUUACGGAUAACAAGUGUCCCGCAAGCGCCCCUGCAAUUAAGUUGAUUGUGGAGAAGUUGGUAGAGAUAAUGAUAUCAAGAAGAGAGGAGAAUGGAGUUUAGCUCUUUCUUGUUCCGGUUUUUGCUCAGUUGACGGCCCUGUUUGUUUUUUGGGGGAUUUGGACCAAACCGCUGCAAAAUGCAGCGUUUUCAUUUGGAAAAAACGGCGGAUUGAAGCCAAUCUCCGCUAUUAACCAAACGUAGGUGACGUCUCCUUCGAAUCCUUUGCCUGUGUGGGGUUGCAGUUACUGGUUCUUUUUGAGUUUUAUUGCUUAUUCGCAAAUACAAGGUUCAGUUUGUAUUCAUGAAUGAAAUAUUUAUAUAUAUGUGACUAAAAUAUGGCUCAAGUAGUCAAGUACUCAAGUGUAAUGACUAUAGUAGUAACUUAGUCCAUGUAACUUAUAUUCAAUUUUUACAUAUAAGUGGUUAUGAGAUUAUAUUAUAAUUCAGUAGAGCGGUUUUGGAGUUAGUGAUGGACUAAAAAUAAAAUAAU